GCCACAGGCUGUUGUGGGCGAAGUGGUUCGCGUGGUCAGCGAGGAGCCGAGAUCCUUGGCCAGGCGCACCGGGGUUGCGUCCGAGGCGAGGCGUGGAUUAACUGCGGGGAGAGAUUCGCCCAAAUCACCCAGAGCUCCGGAUCGCCUGGGCGAGGAAAGCCCCCCAAGGAGCAGCCCCAUGACCCCUUCACUUACGAUUACUAUUCGCUGAGAGUUGGAGGCUUGGUGUUUGCUGUUGUCCUUUUCCUGAUGGGCAUCAUCAUUAUCUUUAGCCGGCACUGUCGUUGCAAAUUCAACCAGCAGCAAAGGACCGGAGAACCAGAUGAAGAGGAAGGAACUCUGCGCAACUCAAUCCGGCGUUUAUCUACAAGGAUGAGAUAGAAGACAUGGGAACUGGUGAG